ACGUCAUACGUGUGUUUUUCGGAAGUCGUGAUUAAUUUUUAAUUAAUUCAAGAAUUAACAAAUCCUCAAUUAAAUCAUUUAAUUAAACAUGGGCGACGUAACACUAGAAACCAAGGCAUACGCUAAAAUAAUUUUACAUGCUGCUAAAUACCGUCAUUGUGCUGUAAACGGUGUUCUCUUAGCUGAUGGUUCCAAAAUCAAGGAUGGUGCAAAAAAUCAGGAUUUAGAAAUUGUGGAUACUAUUCCUCUAUUUCACCACAGUCAUUACGUGUCCCCAAUGGCUGAAGUUGCUCUAACACAGAUUGAGACCAUGGCUCAAGCUGACAAUUUGGUUAUAGCUGGUUACUACGCCGGCUGUGAAAACUUUGGAGCCAACACAGUUGAGGCUUGCCCUGGCCAGAAAAUUGCCGAAAAGAUUGUGGAAUAUUUCCCAUCUGCUGUGUUCAUUGUGAUUGACAACAAAAGAUUUAUGCAGCAUUUAGACUCACCGGCUAUAAAACUGCACAAAUACAGUGAUGGAAAAUGGAAGCAGAGGGAAAUCAACAUGAAAAUGUUAUUCUCUAACCCAGACGUAUUGAAGACAGUGUCGUAUCUACUUCAAUACGGAGUUGAGAAGGAUCUCGUAGACUUUGACAACUACCUUGACGACACCACUCAGGACUGGACCAACCGUGGCAUUGAGAAGCUUCUGGCCAUGAACACGAAGGACACAUCGCACAAGUUGAAGGAUUGAGCAUAAAGAUAUUAUUAAUAUCUGAAUUAUUCAAGAGCUCUAGGAUAAGUAAGUCUUUUAUAAAUUAAAGUAAAUGGUCAAUGUAAUAAAACAUUUAUUUAGUAACAAUUAAAGGUGUAUUAUAUUUAAUUUAUAAUGAGUAUAACAAAGUAGAAUAUAUUUAUGUAACUGUUUAGUAAUUGUUGUUGUAAGAACUUAUUUAAGUUUAUUCCUUUAGCUUAAGCAUUGCAUAUUUUAUUUACAUUUAUUCAUUUGUAAGCAUUUAAAUGAAAAUAAUGUAUGCAUUUAUUUUAUUCUAUCUUAUUAAAGUAUUCCUCAAUCAA